ACAGAAGAACCAUAGUCAUCAAGGGAAAAUGUUGUAUUGUUUUGCAUGGCCAUAAUGUUUUUUUUUAUUAUUUUUAUGCCCCUGAAGGGAGGCAUAUAGUUUUUGAACCGUCUGUCUGUCCGUCGGUCUGUCGGUCUGUCAGUCUGUCGGUCCGUCCGCAAUUUUCGUGUCCGGUCCAUAUCUUUGUCAUCGAUGGAUGGAUUUUCAAAUAACUUGGCAUGAAUGUGUACCACAGUAAGACGACGUGCAGUGCGCAAGACCCAGGUCCGUAGCUCAAAGGUCAAGGUCACACUUAGACGUUAAAGGAUAGUGCAUUGAUGGGCGUGUCCGGUCCAUAUCUUUGUCAUCAAUGGAUGGAUUUUCAAAUAACUUGGCAUGAAUGUGUACCACAGUAAGACGACGUGCAGUGCGCAAGACCCAGGUCCGUAGCUCAAAGGUCAAGGUCACACUUAGACGUUAAAGGAUAGUGCAUUGAUGGGCGUGUGCGGUCCAUAUCUUUGUCAUCGAUGGAUGGAUUUUCAAAUAACUUGGCAUGAAUGUGUACCACAGUAAGACGACGUGCAGUGCGCAAGACCCAGGUCCGUAGCUCAAAGGUCAAGGUCACACUUAGACGUUAAAGAUCAUUUUUCAUGAUAGUGCAUUGAUGGGCAUGUCCGGUCCAUAUCUUUGUCAUUCAUGCAUGGAUUUUAAAAUAACUAUGCAUGAAUGUGUGACACAGUAAGACGAUGUGUCGCGCGCAAGACCCAGCUCCGUAGGUCAAAGGUCCAAAACUCUUAACAUCGGCCAUAACUAUUCAUUCAAAGUGCCAUCGGGGGCAUGUGUCAUCCUACGGAGACAGCUCUUGUUAUAACAUGUUAUCGCACCAUUUGUCAUUAAUUAGAAAUGGUUUGAUUGCAUAUUUAUUUACAUAUGCCCUUGCCAUUUCACUUGACAUCUUAUACACUGGCAAAAAUAUAUUAAUAUUUUACUUUUUUAUCACAAUAAUGGUUUUAUUUAAACCUUAAGUUGAUUGAAUACAUCAGUUAUUUAAAAUAGACAGUUGGAAUAUGAUUAAAUGGAAUUUUAUAGACCGUUUGCAUAUUUACAAGUGUUUUGUAAUUAAAUGAUAGUAAAAUCUUCCUAAUAAAAUGAAAAGGCCUCAGAAUAUCUCUCUAUUUGAAUGUUCAGUAUUUCUAAAUGAUUUUGCUAAAAUGGUAAAAAACAAACCUGUGAAAAAGACAGAAGAAAGUUAUUAUAAAGGAAAUUGUGCUUCAAUUAAUGUUGUUGGUUCAUGUUUACGUAACAAUUACUUCAUGAAAUACUGUUGGUUAAACAAGAAAGACAAAAUUUAGUCAGCUGGUUAAAACUAAAGAUGUAAGUAUGGUACGGUACUAUUCUAUAUAGUGAUUAAAGUACAUUGUAUAUAUUUGCCAGAAAACAUUCAUCAAUAUAAGUAAAAGAAGCAAUAGCUUGGUUUAUUUAUAGCUGUUGCUACUUUUACAAAUAGAAAAUUAGAAAAUAUCCAGAGACUGAAAUAAUAGCCCCAAAGUACUUCAAACAUAGUUCUCGGACAAAUAAAUCAACUCAAAUCUUCUGCUUUGUAUCUUCGUGAAAUUUUGACAACAUGCACCAGAUGGUUUGACUUGAACAUAAAAAAAAUGAUGUUUUUUCCAGGGGGAAAAAAAUGUGCAGUCUUAUAUAGUUUUGUUAUUCAGUCUCUGGUUGAUUGGUAAUGGAAAGGUCUUUAAAAUAAAUGUUUGGUUCUCUAUAUCAGGUGUUUUGGGAAGUGAAAGGCUACCUGCUCUGCUCUGAUGUUGGUUUCAUCACAUGUAUUGUUUAUAAGCAUUGAUUAUUACACUGAGUUUGGAGACCAGUCUAAAAAUGCAAACAUGGGAUAUUGGUCAGUUUCGAGACAGAGUUCAGAAUCAACCAACCACAUGUUAGAGCUGUGAGACUGGUUCCCAAACUGAGUUUUGUAAUCUUGAGCACAGUUUGUUGGUUUUUCGAGGCAUAUAUCGUGGGCUUAGCGCGAAACUAUUGUAACUGUAUAUAAAAAAAGAACAAGAUACAAUAGUUUCGAACUCAGCCCUCGAUAUUUUUAAAAGAGUUAUGGAUUGUAAAAUAGAUUGUUCAGAGAUGGGACAGUAUGUAAGGAAAUGUAGCUUUAGUGACAAACUUUGGAAAGAUAAAUUUCGAUUUACACAGAAAGCUUAUUGGGUGGGGGUGGGAGAGAUGGGUAUCAGUGAUAUAGAAAUAAUCAUGGGAUGUAGUAUAGAAAGUAAUGUAAAGAUGGUGAUGUUUGUUUUUGUAUUUGAAUCAUGUUCAAAGCUGUAGAGAACCAAACUUUUUAUUUGUAUGACCUGAGGUAUCAAACAACAGCAAAACAACAUUAUUUUCACAUUCUGAUAGUGAAAAAUGUGUUGUUUGUUGAUCAGUGCUUGAACAGAAUGACAGACUUUUAAAAGGAAUUGCUUCAGCACAAGUGGUGCAUGUUAAAGAAUUCAGAACCUCUCAUUUGGAGACACAGAACAGUCGUGCUUAGAUUGCUCUCAUUGUCCAAACUAGCUCAGUUGUUAAACAAGUCUCAAAAUUGCAGCAUCUGUUUUGGUUAUUUCUAAAGUAACUAAACAACGCUGCAUUCUGAGUCGGGCUUAUUGUCUUGGGGGUCAGGGCUCAAGUUGUGAGUCAGGCUCUUCAGCAAAGCAAAAUGUACUUCACAACAGAUUUUUGAAAGACAUCAUUCUUGGAUAAAGUAAUUUUGUGUCCGUGUCUUUUUCAUUGCAUGGAGGGUACAAGUUUGGACAACAUGGCUUAACAAAUUGUUUUAAAUAAAGUUGCCCUGCGGGGUGAUCUGCUUUGAAUUGUCACUCGUCUUGUUGCAGUUUGUACUCAUCAGUUUUUAAUGAUAUUUACGACAGUAUGAAUAGAUUUGUCAGGCCCUUGACUAGAUUUAAUGAGUAUCUACAUUUUAUAAAGAUAUGUUUUAAGUGUUUGAAAUACAUAAAUAGAUAGAUUGUUAGAAAACUAGGAACUCUUCUGUUACUUAACUGAAAUAGUUUUCUUUGGGAAAAAAACGAGAAAAGAAACAUGGAAAACAUUUAGGUUGUACAUUCAAGAGAACUACAUCUGCAUAGGAAUUUCUUGGUAAAUUGGAUAUUUGAAGUGACCAAAAAACAGUCAAAUGAGAGGAUCUGUAUAUUUUAAUGUGAAACUAUGAAAUAACCACUUCCCUAUGGAGAAGCUUUGUGAACUAUUUGUUCAUGAUAUUAUGUUUACAGUAAUUGCAUCGAUUGAAUACAUCUGUUUAGACAUUGCUGACUUGGUGGUUAACACCAAAUAAGUGAUGGACAAACCAGUUUUCUUAAAAGUCUGUCAUAUUUUCUUAUGGUACUGAUCAUCUGUAUAUCAUACACAUGCUCACUGAUAAAAAUUGUCUCAGAAUAUCUGAAUGAGCUCAUUGUAUUUAAGUCAUGUAUUUAAACAUGAGUUUUGAAACCAUGUACAGAUUCAGUGGUGCCACUGGAUAUUUUCAAAAUUGUGCUUAUUAGAAACAACAAUUCUGGUGCUAGGUAUUUCAGACUAGUAUCCAAAUUCAGUACAUUUAAAUGAGAUGGUAAACAGCAACAAAAUAAAAUGGUGCAUUUUGGUUCCCAGUUUUAUACUGAGGAAGCAGACCCAAGUCACAAAGUCUGGGCUGUUUCCUUGUUUAAAAAUUUCAAGAGCAUGUAUAUAUGUACAGUAAAGUUGUUUGAUUCCUAGCAGCUGGGAACUGUCAUCCAGACAUGAGGGAAGUUGUACAAGUUAUCUCCCCUUUGAUGGUGUACAGGUUGUCUCCCCUGUGGUGUACUCUUGAUGACUAUGGUUCUUACAGGUAAUUGGAAGGAGUUUUAUUGCCGAGAUGAAAUUCUUUGUGAACAGACUGAAAACUUAUAUUACUGCAAGAGAGCACGGCUCCAAUAAGCAAGUAGCGUCCAAGUCAUGUGCCUUGUCUCUGGUGAGACAGUUAUACCAUAGAGGAGUGAUUGAGGCCUACACUGGUCAAGUGAAAAAGAAAGAGGCAGACAGGAUUGAACCAUAUGAAGUUGCUGUAGCACCAGAGAUUGUACAGAAGUUGGAUGAAACUCUUCAGAUGUGGCACAUUGAUGCCAAAAUUCCAGAGCCAAACCAGGAUGGCACAGUGUCAUUGAUCAACAAGACUCUGCUGGAUGAAUUUGAGCCGGGGAUCAAACGUCCAGGAGGCAGUGUACCCUGGGCCCCGCCACAACAGAACUGGAACCCAUGGUGUAACUGUAACAUUGAUGAUGGCCCUCUUGCUUUUGCAACACUAGAAGGAAUCAGUGAAGACCUUUACAACUCCCUUGAAAACCAGAAAGCCAAUGAUCCUGACUUACAGAAGAUGAUUGAAGAACGCUCCCACCUUCCUGUGUGGAAAUCUACAGAACAUAUCCUCCAUGCUAUCAACAAUAAUCCUGUGACAAUUAUCAGAGGUGAAACUGGUUGUGGCAAAACUACACAGGUGCCACAGUUUAUAUUGGACCAGAUGAUUCAGACAGGAAGAGGUGCAGACUGUAACAUUAUCAUAACACAGCCACGUAGAAUCAGUGCAAUCUCUAUAGCAGAGAGGGUAGCCAAUGAGAGGGCAGAGAUCCUGGGAACCAGUGUGGGAUACAGUGUUAGAUUUGAAACUGUCAUGCCAAGACCAUAUGGUGCCAUAAUGUACUGUACUGUUGGAACUUUCUUGAGAAGGUUGGAGAAUGGUCUACGAGGAGUAUCACAUGUGAUAGUGGAUGAAAUACACGAGCGAGAUCUUAAUACUGAUUUUCUACUGGUGUUGCUAAGAGAUAUGGUAAACACGUUCCCGGAUCUGCGUGUAGUGCUGAUGUCAGCUACUGUAGAUACAACACUGUUUACAGAUUACUUUGGUAACUGCCAGGUAGUGGAGGUCUACGGCAGAACAUUUCCUGUUCAAGAGUACUACCUUGAGGACUGUAUACAGAUGCUGAACUUUAUUCCUCCACCAAAUGAUAGAAAGAAGAAAAGGGACAGGGAUGAAGAAGAUGAGACAGGAGACAGUGAGGAUAACAUGAACCUUGCUAUUUCCAACGAGUACAGUGAACAGACUAAACGAGCCAUGGCAAUGAUCAGUGAAAAGGAAACUUCAUUUGAACUUAUUGAGGCAUUGAUCAAGUACAUCAAGACCCUGGAGGUGGAAGGAGCUAUCCUUGUCUUCUUGCCGGGAUGGAAUCUCAUCUUUGCUCUACAUAAACACCUUGAAAUGCACCCAGAAUUUGGAGGUAGAAACUUCCGAUUGUUACCACUGCACUCACAGAUCCCGAGGGAAGAUCAGAAACGUGUGUUUGACCCUGUACCUCAAGGUGUCACAAAGAUCAUCCUGUCCACCAAUAUAGCAGAGACCAGUAUCACCAUCAAUGAUGUUUCUUUUGUCAUAGAUUCUUGCAAAGCUAAAAUGAAACUUUUCACUUCACACAACAAUAUGACAAACUAUGCGACAGUAUGGGCCUCCAAGACCAACCUAGAACAGAGGAGGGGCCGAGCUGGGCGUGUUAGAGAGGGUUUUGCUUUCCACCUGUGUUCAAGGGCAAGAUUUGAUAAAUUGGACCAACAUACUACUCCUGAGAUUUACCGCACACCCCUACAUGAGCUUGCUCUGUCAAUCAAGCUACUCAGAUUAGGUUCAAUCUCCGGAUUCUUGGCUAAAGCAGUAGAACCUCCACCCAUUGAUGCUGUUAUAGAAGCUGAAGCUCUCCUUAAAGAAAUGCGGGCUCUUGAUGCCAAUGAUGAGUUAACUCCCCUUGGAAAAAUUUUAGCCCGAUUACCUAUAGAGCCUCGGUUAGGAAAAAUGAUCAUCUAUGGUUGUAUAUUCUUUGUUGGUGAUGCUGCAUGUACUAUUGCAGCCAGUACAACAUUUCCCGAGCCAUUUAUUACUCCCUCUGAUAGGAGACGCCUUGGUUGGGCCCAUAAAAGUCUUGCUGGGAACCGACACAGUGACCAUGUUGCUUUACUGAAUGCGUUCCAGCAAUGGCAGGAAGCCAGGGAAGGAGGUGAACAGAGUGAAGGUUAUUUCUGCGAGACAAAAUCUCUAUCAAUGCCAACACUGAGGAUGACCAGCGAGGCGACAAACCAGAUACGUGACAUCCUUGUCAAUGCUGAUUUCCCGGAGGAGUGUCUCAUGCCACAGAUGUUCAAUUACAAUGGACCAGAUAACAAAAUGGAUGUGGUUAUCACAUUGUUAGCUAUGGGAUUAUAUCCAAAUGUUUGUUACCAUAAAGAGAAAAGAAAAGUCCUAACAACUGAGAGUAGGGCAGCACUUGUACACAAAUCAUCUGUCAACUGUAGCAACAGAGAAAUCAAGUUCCCAUCUCCAUACUUCAUCUUUGGUGAAAAGAUUCGUACAAGAGCAGUAUCCUGUAAGCAAAUGACGAUGGUAUCACCAUUACAGCUGCUUCUGUUCUCAGGACGUAAUGUUACGCUUUCUGAUGGUCUGAUUGUCAUAGAUGGAUGGAUAAAUUUAAAGAUAGACCCCCAGGUAGCAGUGAAGAUUCUUGCAUUAAGACCAGCUCUAGAAGCAAUGAUUGUUAGGGCAACCCAGAAUCCAGAGAGUAUACAGAACCCAGACCCACAAGAAGAACAGUUGAUGAAUGUUGUACGGGCUCUAUCCAGACCUAAUGCAGGAAGAUUUGGGCUUCAGGAUGACAGUCAGGGGCAUAUGGGAGGCCCACCCUCUAAGUUUCCUAGAACGGGCGGGUUUAGUCGAGGUGGAAGUUUUGAUGGAGGUAGAGGCGGGUAUCGUGGUGGAAGAGGAGGAUUAGACAGAGGUGGUUUCCGCGGUGGUCCACGAGGAGGAUUUGGAGGCCCAAGAGGAGGAUUUGGUGGAAGUGGAUUUCGGGGUGGCUACAGAGGGGGCCCACCAAGGGGUGGUUUCAGAGGGGGCCCAAGAGGGGGAUAUUAGUUGUCAUUUUUAUGGAAAAAAUAUCUCGAUGCACAUGGAAGAAAAUUAUAUUCUAAAUGUUAAACUGUGAUGGCUGAAAUAUAUAUAAACAAUUCUCAUAUUGGAUCAUCAUAACAGUAACUUUGACACAGUCAACCUUGAAUUAUUGACAGUUCAUAGAUAAAAGUGGGUGUUUUGUGAAAGUAGAUGUUUCUAUAUUGACUUGAAUGAUAAAAUAUUACCUAUAAAGAUUACCUGUAUUAAUGUAGCUUGAAAACUUGAAAAAGAAGCAGUAAGAUUUAAUAAAAUAAAAAGAAAUAGUACCAUGUAUUGAAGUGCACUGCAACUUAAUGUCUUUUUUCAGUCUAUGUUGUAUUUUAUAUAUGAAAACAAGGGUUACCUAGAACAAAAAGUGUAAAGAUCUUCCAGUGGUAAAACUCAAAAUGCCGAAGGCUUGCAAUAGAUUAUAUAUACUGCAAUAUGGGUUUUGAAAUGCAUUGCUGUUUCAUGGGUUAACAAUUUCUACAUGAAUUAGUCAUUAAAAUAUGCACUUAUAUUUUUCAAUUAAGAAAUAAUUUAUAGCAAAAGAUUGCUUUAACACUAUGCACGAUGGGCUGUUAUACGUCUGGUGUCCUCGUGAAAUUAUUUGUACGACGUAUUACCGCCCAAGUGUAUAAAUAGUGUUAAAACACAGCUUUGCUAUAAAUUAUCUCAAUUCUAAUAUGCCUUUAAUCUUAAACAGUAGAUAAAAUAUAGUAGCGCUCUUUUUUGGUUGCAACAAAAAUGUUGACGUCACCGCAUGUUAACGUGAUUUAUUCUGGCAUAAGUGUGUUUUAACAGAGGCAUGCAUAUUAGAAUUUUGAUUAAGGUGUUGUACUAUUAUGUCUUAUAACUGUGUUUUGGUACAGGUAUAAAGAGGAGUAUACAUGUUUUAUUGAGUAGUGGAAAAAUAUCAUUUUAAUUUGCUUAUAUGAAUAAAUGCUAUAACUUUGGA